AUGGAUAAAGGAUCAUUUCGUAAGAUGAAUUUAAAAUCCAUUAUUCGACAGCGCAUGCGUAACGCUGGCAUCUGGAAUGACUCCAGCACUUAUGGCAUUCAUUGGGCAGCCAAAAUGUCAAUUUUGGCCUUCUUUUUGACACUCAUAACACAAGCAUUAGCAUUAUUUAUGACUAGAGGAGAUUCAAAAGAACUGCUUUCUUGCUUCAGCGUACUUUCCUUCUGUUUCAUGGGAUUCUUGAAACUUAUCUCUCUGGUUACUGGACACACACGUUGGCGACUUCUUAUCAGCUUGGCGAGUUCUUUGGAACAAGAACAAAUUAAUGAACGCGAUUAUAAGUAUGACUAUGAGUCAGAUGGUGAAGAGGAUGACAGCUUUUCUGAACAUAUAAGGUCAUAUACAAAAAAGUUUUCUACGAUUUCAAUAUAUUUGUCGAGAGUCUAUUGCUUUACUGCAGUAGUUUUCAUGGCAUCACCAUUUAUCGAGUACGGACUGCAUUUGUAUCAGGGCACGUAUGUUGAGCGAUACCCUCAUAUAUUACCUAGUUGGAACCCACUGGAUUUCAGUACAACUGGCUAUGUGGUGACUAUUUUGGCUGAAAUUCUAUCCGCUGUAUACUGCGUAAGAGUACAUACAGCUUUCGACUUGACCGCUAUCGGUUUGAUGAUAUUUAUACGGGGACAAUUCAAUUUACUUCAUCGAUAUAGCGAACGUAUCGGAGGACAUGGGAAUAACUGCUAUUUGUCAAAUAGAAGAGAUGCCCGAGCACAUUUAAGGAUCAAAAAAUGCCAUCACAUUCAUGUUACUUUAUUAAAAUCGGUAAAUCAGCUCGUCAAGUUAAUUAAAAAUAUUCUUGGAAUAUAUUUUUUUUUGGCAACCUUGACACUAUGCUCAGUCGCAGUACAAUUAAAAUCGGAACAAUUGAGUGCUGCGCAAGUAAUAUCGCUACUGCAGUACAUGGGGGCGACGUUAAUGCAACUUUUCCUGUUCUGUCAGUAUGGGGACGCAGUAUUUGCAGAAAGUUCCGUCGGUUUAGGAGAAGGGCCACUCUGUUCCGCAUGCUGGUGCUUGAGCUCGCGGAUACGCCGUGAAAUUGCGAUUCUUUCGGUUGGUAUGGCUCGACCAUGUAGGAUGCUUGCUGGACCAUUCAAUUCACUGGAUUUGCCCUCGUUCAUACAGAUCGUACGAGCGGCUUACAGUUACUACGCAGUGUUGAGACAGACACCGAAAUAA